UUACAUCCCUAGUGACGUGUAAAACAUUCACGGCGCAACAAUUUACACGAAACCAAAGCGAAAUGGACGGUUUUAUGAUGGACAUAAUCAAAGGAAUGUGUAUUAUGGACAAUGAUGGCAACAGAAUUCUAGCAAAAUAUUACGACAAAAACAUAUUGUCGACGCUCAAGGAGCAGAAGGCGUUCGAAAAGAAUCUGUUCAACAAGACACACCGUUCCAACACCGAAAUCAUAAUGCUCGACGGCCUGACGUGCGUCUAUAAGAGCAACGUGGAUCUGUUUUUCUACGUCAUGGGCAGUGCAUACGAAAAUGAGUUAAUUUUGCUCUCUGUGCUCAACUGCCUGUAUGACUCGAUUAGCCUAAUUCUAAAGAAGAAUGUGGAGAAGCGCUUGGUGUUAGAAAGUUUGGAAAUCAUAAUGCUGGCCUUCGACGAGAUCUGUGACGGCGGCAUUAUUUUGGAUGCAGACCCAUCGUCCGUGGUGAAACGUGUUGAUCUGCGCAACGACGAUAUACCCAUUGCCGAACAGACUGUAGCGCAGGUGCUGCAAUCGGCGCGCGAGCAGCUCAAAUGGUCCAUUCUGAAAUGAGGGUAGUGCCCAGACCCGUAAAACUGUUACCAUAUUGUCGCAAUACAUUCGAUUUUCUAUGAUAUAUAAUAUACAUACACACAUAUAUUUAAAUAGUAAGCGCCGUUGAUUUUUUGCAUUUGUAUAUAUAUAGAAGGUCACGUUAUAAACCUAAACAGGCCCAUA